AUGUCCAAUUCCAAAAGUCUGGGCAUUGUAUUUCAAUCUUCACGGGCAAGAAACAAUUCGGGAAAUUUCCUGGCCGACGAUGACUCAGAUGAUGCCGAUACACUUGAGGCGUUGAAAGGAAAGUUGAACAGGCUUCGACUAGCUAGCACACAGACAAUAAAUAAUACGAAAUUAGCAGAGAUUGAGAAGAGCAUCAAAGACAUAGAGAGCAAAAUUGACUCUCUGAGCCUUGAUUUGUCCAAUGAAUCCACAGGGCUCAAAAAAAUUGAUACAAAAUCAACACAAUCGCUAGUGUUCUCUCCACUAGACAGCAAAUUCGAAGGGUCAAGUCCGACGUUUGCAAUCAGUGGUAUAUUACAGGAGAUGGGCAAUCAGAAUCUAGAUAAUAAAUCGAUAAUAGAGAAUGCGAACGCAUUGGUGUCCGUGUUUCAGAUGCACCCUUAUUUGAAGACAGAAUUGUCGUUAGCUCCGUUUGGAAGUAGGAUUCAGGCAUUACUAUUGAACCCUCAAUCAGAGGUGAUUGUAUCUGCCUAUAGAAUAUCCAGAUAUAUCCUGCUGGAUUCAGGUACUCUGGAGCUUUUCAACAACAUUAGACUGGAUUUAUUUCUGAUCAUAUCUCUAUCCAAAGAGGCUAAAAAUUCCAUGGAGAAAUCAGAGGCUCUAAAGCUAAUCAGAGCGAUAGCUGAAAUUGACAAGAAUAUCAUAUUUAUCAAUAUUAACAUCAUAAAGUCGUUAUUAGCCAUUCUAGACCACGAAGAAGAUCCAUUUUACCCCAUAGUGUUGGAAACUGUCUGUGAGUUUGGCUUCUUGUUUCCCAAGUUAAUGUACGAGGCAGAUUCCUUCAAGUAUAUCAUCAAAUCCCUUAUGAGUGGGACAUCUGAUUUCUCUGAGUGUUGUCUGCUGUGGCUUCUGGAGAUGAUCGACACGCCCCGCACUAGGAAAAUUGUACUUUAUGACUUUGACCCUUCGUUAUUGGUGGCUCCUUUUAUUGAACAUCGAGUGAGGCUUGCGGAGGGAAAUCACCGUGUUGAUCUAAAACUGCUUAAUCAUACAGGUUAUCUUGUGACCACCUUUUUGAAAGUUUUGCCCGGAAUAUAUAUUGUGGGACAGGAAGAUUGCAACUUGGUGCAAAAUCUUUUAGAUUGCUUGGAUCAUAGGGCUGUAGACGUCUGCUCGGUGAUUAUAAAUAUCUUAUCUGAUGUUUUUCGACUGGAAGUUUAUCCACAUCCCUCGGUAUCUCAUAAAGAAGAUCGGCAAACAAGUUAUGGAAUUGCGUCCGAUAUCACCAAUCAUGGACUAGCUCUACUUCUGAGGCUGUUUUUAGAUAAAGGAUUAUUAUACAAGCUGGAUUGUUUGACUGAGGAUGCCACAAUUUUUAAGACAAGAAAAGAACUAGAACUCUUUACCGCAGCUAAGGAUUUGAUAGUUGGGCUAUUAGUGCUGGGUUCAAACCUUUUGCCUGAAAAUUAUGCCUUGAAUGAAAUAUACAGGUCACUUGUUCCUUUGGGCUAUACUGACAUGAACCAGUUACCUGCUAAGUACGAGCUAUUGGAGGUACAGUUUAGACCUGAUAGAAUCGGUUCGAAAAUUAGUCUCAAAGAUCUCAAAAUUCCCAAAACUUGUAAUCAAUGUCCACUAAAAGCGGACGAUCCUUUAGUUUUGAGACAAAAACUUAUGGACACGAACGUGCUGCUCGAGAAGGAUUACACGAAAUGGGACUGGGGUUUAGUGAGUCAGUUGAUAGAAGGCCCAUUGCAGAAUCCCACCCGUCUUGAAGAAACUAUAAAGUCCACCAAGUUUUUGAAACGGAUAAUGUCAUUUUAUCGACCUUUAAAAUACAGGUUCUCCAAGUUGAAACGUUUAGAGACUAAUGAAAAAUUUCUUACUAUUGGGUGCAAAUUAAUGGAAGCCCUCAUAAAGAGUGAUGAAGGUCUUAACUAUCUAAGGGAAUCAGACCUACUAACACAAGUGUCCGAUUGCUUGGCCCAGGAGACAACGUUGGCCUCAUCAAAAACUUCCAACUCAAUAUUUUCAGCAAUAAAGAUUCGUACAUCUAUGACCUAUGGUUAUUUCAGCAUUAUAGGGGUGCUGUCAAGAACGGCAAAGUCAGUCAAGCUAUUGAGCGAAGUUGGCCUUUUGCGACUUUAUGAUAUAAUUACAGAUUCCUCAGCCGAAAGGGAGGAUUUAACGAAGUUAAUUCUGAAAGAAAAUGAUUACCAUAUAUCACAUACAAUGCAGCAGAUAUUGACCAAGAUAGCCAUCAGUGCAACUGAGAAAUUUAGAUUAUUUUGCACAAAAUUGAUUGUUGAGCUUUUGCACACACAGGAAGAAGCUCAAGAGUUUUUCAUAGAGGUUCUUAUCAACCAAAUGUACGAUCCACAGGAAAACAUUGCUAACCUGGCCAUUCAAGAAGUGGACAAUUAUGCCACGAGUAAAGCACAGAUUGAAAAAUUUGUUGAAACUCAACCAGAACCUAGCAUAUUAUUCAAGAUGAAAGCUGAUUCAUUGCUGAGGAAAGUAUUCUCAAUAUCCAAAGGUUACAAUUAUUUGCAUGACCUCGGAUUUAUUGACGAUAGUCUCAAAAACUGGAUUACGAAAGAGAGUCUGUCUUUUGUAGGUAGAGUUGAAGAGAUUCUUAAGCACGAUCUUUUCAUUGAUUCAUACUCUUCUACUAAGAGCAAGAAGAUCCUAUAUACGAAAGUUCCAUUUCAUCUUUAUGGUGAGAUGGUCAGAACAGAAGAAGGUGCUCUGAAACUGAAGAAUUCGGGAGUGGUCAGGAACUGCACUGACUUUGUCCAAAAAUUUCGAUGGGAAAAGAUAGAUGAAUGUGAUCCUGAUUUAUUAACACUAUUGAAGUCCUCUCUGUGGUCAAUUGGCUUCAUUUGCAGUCAUCAUUUGGGAUUUAGAUUACUCCAAAGUAGCAACAUCGUGGAAGACAUAAUAAAACGAGCAGAGACGUGCACUCAAAUAAAUGUCAAAGGUGUUUGCUUUUAUGUUUUGGGGCUGAUAGCACGUACCAAGGAAGGUGCCGAGAUUCUCGAUGAUGAAGGAUGGGAAAGUGUAUUUGAUAAAGUUAACGGUCUCCCGAUUGGAAUUUGUCUACCCACAGACUUGUCGAAAUUUUUUGUCACGGAAGAAGUUGAGCACUACAGAAAACGUUCUAAUACACUGAUACAUGAAGAUUUGUUAAGCUUUUGGAGCGGAUCCAGUUUGCAACCUGAAAACAUGAUAGUAAUAUCUGAAAUCUGCAAAAACUUGAUCAAUAUCAUAUUGUACCCUCAAAAAUCAAUCAAUCAGUUGAAUAAAAUAAAAUCACGAUAUAGUGAACUGUUUGAUACGGAUCCCAAUUUGCUGUUGAUUGUGAUGGCACUAUUUGCACAAUACAAUUACGGGCUCAGAGCUCGAAGGUUCAUCCUUCAGGAAUUGUUCAAAGCUCAAGAAUUAGCGGGAAUGUGUGCUAAGAGGAGUAGAAAGAAGCUGAAGGAAAAGGAAAAGCUAUAUCGAACUCCACCCCCAUUAUCAUAA